GAUGUUGAAUUUGUGUGUUAAAAUAGCACAACUCAUUAAAAUCUUAAGUUGAAUCGGUGAAAUGUUGAAGUUGUUAAGUGUCUUCGUUGAUUUGUCCUGUCUUUUCUUUUGUAUUUGGUAGAUAGGAAAUGGGAAGGAAGUUUAACUCACGAUGGUCUUUGGUCAAUGGAUCCUCUUAAGUUUCACUUCUUGAUUUAUUUUGAAACCCUAUAUAUACACUCAUCCACAUUCUUACUUCUCAUACUAUUCUUACUUCCUUUUUAUUCUCUAUUCUCAUGGCUAUGCUUCAAUCAUCCGUCUCCUCAUCCUCUUCCUUCUCCUAUGGAUUCACCUAUGACGUGUUCCUUAGCUUUAGAGGUAGUGACACUCGUUAUCGUUUUACUGGAAAUCUCAAUAGAGCUCUUUGUGACAAGGGAAUCCGAACCUUCAUGGAUGACAGAGAGCUUCAAGGAGGUGAAGAAAUAACAUCAUCACUUUUCAAGGCCAUUGAAGAGUCUAGGAUUUUCAUUCCCGUCUUGUCUAUCAAUUAUGCUUCUUCUUCAUUUUGCUUGGACGAACUUGUCCACAUCAUUAACUGCUUCAAGGAAAGCGGGCGUCUAGUUUUGCCAAUUUUCUAUGAUGUGGAACCUUCUCACGUGCGACAUCACACGGGCAGUUAUGGUAAAGCACUGGAUGAUCAUAUAAAGAAGUUCCAAAAUAACAAGGAUAGCAUGGAGAGGUUGCAGAAAUGGAAGAGUGCUCUUACUCAAACUGCUAACUUCUCUGGCCACCAUUUCAAUCCUGGGAAUGGCUAUGAACACGAGUUUAUUGAGAAGAUAGUCAAAUAUGUAUCUAACAAGAUCAAUCAUGUUCCUUUAUAUGUUGCUGAUUUCCCUGUUGGUAUCGAGUCUAGGGUUCUAAAAGUAAAUUCACUUAUGGAUUUUGGAUCUAAUGGUGAAGUUCAGAUGCUAGGGAUCUAUGGGCCUGGAGGAAUGGGAAAGACGACACUUGCAAGAGCAGUUUAUAAUUCCCUAGCUGAUCAAUUUGAUGAUUUGUGUUUUCUUCACGAUGUAAGGGGAAAUUCAGCUAAAUAUGGUUUGGAGCAUCUGCAGGGAAAGCUCCUUUCUAAAUUAGUCAAACUGGACAUUAAGUUAGGAGAUGUCUACGAGGGAAUUCCAAUCAUAGAGAAAAGGCUUCACCAAAAGAAGGUUUUGUUGAUUCUCGAUGAUGUUCACGAACUAAAGCAGUUGGAAGUUUUGGCUGGAGGAUUUCGUUGGUUUGGUCCUGGUAGUAUUGUGAUCAUUACCACUCGAGACAAACAAUUGCUAGCUCAUCAUGGGAUUGAAAGAGCAUAUAAAUUACAUAAGUUAAAUGAGAAAGAAGCUCUUGAAUUGUUGACGUGGAAGGCUUUAAAAAAUAACAAAGUUGAUACAAAUUUCGACAGCGUUUUACACCAUGCAGUAACUUAUGCUUCUGGCCUUCCAUUGGCUUUAGAAGUAGUGGGUUCCAACUUGUUUGGAAAGAAUAUAGGAGAAUGGAAAUCUGCAUUAAAUCAGUAUGAAAGGAUUCCCGAUAAAAAGAUCCAAGAGAUACUCAAAGUAAGCUUUGAUGCUUUGGGGGAAGCAGAACAAAAUGUUUUUCUCGACAUCGCUUGCUGCUUCAAAGGAUAUGAAUUGAAAGAACUUGAAGAUGUACUUCAUGCUCAUUAUGGUAACUGCAUGAAAUAUCAAAUCAGAGUGUUGCUCGAUAAAUCUCUCCUAAAUAUCAAGCAGUGCCAAUGGAGUCUUACUGAUGUUGUGACGUUACAUGCCUUGAUAGAGAAAAUGGGUAAAGAAAUUGUCCGGAAAGAGUCUCCAAAAGAGCCUGGAAGACGUAGUAGGUUGUGGUUCCAUAAAGACAUAAUUGAUGUCUUAGAAGCAAAUAAGGGAUCAAGUGAAAUUGAAAUUAUAUAUUUGGAAUGCUCGUCAUCUGAGAAAGUGGUAGUAGAUUGGAAGGGAGAUGAACUGGAGAAGAUGCAAAAGCUCAAAACACUUAUUGUUAAGAAUGGUACCUUUUCCAAUGGUCCAAAAUAUCUUCCAAACAGUUUGAGAGUAUUGGAAUGGCAAAAAUAUCCUUCACGGGUCAUACCAUCUGAUUUUUUCCCAAAGAAACUUUCUAUAUGCAAACUACAGCAAAGUGACUUUACAUCAUUUGAGUUGCGUGGCACAAUGAAGAGGUUUGUGAAUAUGAGAGAGUUAAAUCUAGACAAUUGUCAAUUUUUAACACGGAUACAUGACGUCUCCAACCUCUCAAAUUUAGAAAUAUUUUCAUUUCAACAGUGUAAGAAUUUAAUUGAAAUUCACAAAUCUGUUGGGUUCCUAAAUAAACUUGAAGUCUUGAACGCUGAAGGUUGCAGCAAGCUUAUGAGUUUUCCACCUCUGAAGUUGACCUCUCUUGACGAACUAAGGCUUUCAGAUUGUAAGAAUCUUAACAAUUUUCCAGAAAUAUUAGGAGAGAUGAAUAAUAUAAAAAGAAUUUGUUGGGAAAACACUUCCAUUAAAGAAGUGCCAGUUUCAUUUCAAAAUCUCACGAAGCUUCUUUACUUAACUAUAAAAGGAAAAGGAAUGGUUAGGUUGCCAAGUAGCAUUUUUAGGAUGCCAAAUCUGUCAGACAUUACAGCUGAAGGUUGCAUAUUUCCCAAACUGGAUGAUAAAUUGAGUUCCAUGCUGACUACAAGCCCCAAUCGCCUAUGGUGUAUUACACUGAAAAGUUGCAACUUGUCAGAUGAAUUUCUUCCAAUAUUUGUCAUGUGGUCUGCUUACGUGAGAAUCUUAGACCUAUCAGGAAAUAAUUUCACAAUUCUUCCAGAAUGCAUCAAAGAUUGUCACCUUUUAUCGGAUCUUAUAUUGGAUGAUUGCAAGUGCCUUAGAGAAAUUAGAGGGAUUCCACUAAAUUUAACAAACUUGUCUGCAGCAAACUGCAAAUCAUUGACUUCCUCGUGUAGAAACAUGCUAUUGAAUCAGGAACUGCAUGAGGCUGGAGGAACCAUAUUUUGUUUUUCAGGAUUUGUGAGGAUUCCAGAGUGGUUUGAUCAUCAAAACAUGGGACAUACAAUUUCUUUUUGGUUUCGUAACAAGCUCCCUUCCAUGGCUCUCUGUUUUUCUACUAAAUCAGUUGCUAAAGGUUUUCAUAUGAGUACGAAAAGACCCAUACUUGUCAUCGAUGGCAACAAUUAUAGUCUAUCUUCCUUUCAUGGGUAUGAUAUAAUGUUGACUCAUCAUACAUAUUUGUAUGCAACGGAACUGAAAUCUCGUCCAGUCAACAACUUGAACAAAAUAAUUUUAAAAAAUGAAUGGAAUCAUGCAGAGGUUAUAUUUGAACAUUCAAAUGUGGAACCACUAACAGAAAUUGGAAUCCAUUUUUUCAAACACGAAAAUAACAUGGAUGACAUUCAAUUCACCAAUCCUUAAGAAAGGUUAAAAUUAAAUGAUGAUGAUGAUGAUGAUGGUGAUGAUGUUUUUUAUGACGUUGAUGAUAUUCUUGAUGAUGAAGACGACCACCACUCAGAAUAGUUCAGGCCAAUCACAAGACCACCCGUUGGUGCAAAUAUGUAAUUUUAAUUUAAUACACCCGUUGAAUGAUGAAUUCAAUGACCAUGGUGUCAACACUGAUAAUGUAAAUAUGUAAUUUUAAUUCUCUGUUACAUAUUA